CUGACAAURUUCCCAUCUGAAGAUGGGUAGCGCRUUAGUCUGGUGUCGUUGUGAUGAUGUGGAGUGACCUGAUCUUAUYUCCACUGGAAGAUGUGGAGUGGGCUGUUGCCCCCAGGGCUGAAUGAGAGUGACGUUGACCUAAGUUCUGAUGAUGGGGAUGCUUUGGAUWCUGCGAUAUCCUGCUCACCAGAAGAUACUAAAGAAGAUAUUAAAMCAGUUCAGCUUCCUGGGUUCCAGGAGAGCGAAGCUGAAAGUAGUACUGUCAGUAACCCCCCUUUGGUAAUGGGGACAGAUGGAGAAAAUGACRGUCAAACAUGCCCUGCUGGAGUUCCUUUAAACAUGUGGAAUAAAUUUUUGGAGCUUCAGAAGAGAAAACGUGAAAUGAAAACUCAACCAGAUCGGGCAAACAGAGGCCAAAAAAGAAAGCGCCGCAGAAAAGAAAAACUGAAAAAGAACAAUGAAGUGACUGAGAGUCAAAGUAGUCAACAGUUGGCAAAUGAAGAGCAUUGGAAAGAGCUUACACAAUACUUUGGAAUCAAUGACAGAUUUGAAACACUUGCGAAUAGCAGGGCUCCACAAAAGUCUGGCCUUGAACUUAGCAUUGAGAAGUCUGUGGCGGAAGGUAACAUUGAUAAAGCAGAGGAGCUGAGUGAUAGAUUGGCCCUUCGGGAGCUUGGAGUGAAAAUAGCCAAAGCUACUGCCUGUCGCAACUUUGUAAAGGCUAAACAAGAAGCAGAGGCUGCCCAAGAAGCUCGAAGGAAAAAGAAGCUUGCUUGGGGAUUUGAAGCUAAGAAAAGGUGGGAAACAAAAAGCAACAUGGGGUACAUGUGACUCUUGUUUCCCUCAGGACUCAUAUGCCUGUUCUUAUCUGAAGAAUCUUUGUGGGUGACUUUUUCUUGCAUUGAAAUAAAAAAAAAAUGCAGUUAUUAAAAAUGCAUCAAAUUCUUUGUGUUUCUUUUAAUGCUGUUAGAAUACAGGAUCUUCAAGUCUCAAUUGUGAGGUAGCAAAUAUCUAACAGUAUCUAGGUAGUUAGAUACUGUUGUUCUCCAAAAUGUGAAAAUGCAGGAUAAAUCAUUGUAGAUAACACCAAGUUGGAGUCUGACAGAGAAUCCUUCAAAGAUGUAAUAAAAUAUUUGAUUCAAAUGUGUUCUUCUGUGUCAGGGUGUAAUUACAAUACAGUGGUAUGU